AUGUCCGCAGGUGCUCCUCCCUCCUCGCUCGAUACCCGCUCCUCUCGAGUCGUCGUCCCCUCGGCUCCUGUUGCGAUGCUGAACCCACCUCUGGCCCUACCCGCGGCGGCGGAGGAUGAGAAGCGUCCCUCGCCGCCGUUGAAGAUGAAGCUGCUAUUUCCGUAUGCCGUGAACUGCGUGUUCGGCGGCAUGGGCCGCGCCUGGGGCAUGGCUAUGGUCGGGCUCCACAUUGUGCUCUGCAUCGUCAAGGUACUCUCCUUCACUACAGAUCCCGAGCUGGCCCGCUUCUGGAUACCUAUCUUCCGCGUCUGGGUGUACCUCGGCAUCGCCUCCAUGGUGCUCAUGACGUGCGUGGACAUCGUCUACUACAUGGUGAAGCUGCUUUUUCCGUACGCUGUGUCCUGCGUGUUCAGCGGCAUGGGCCGCCCCUGGGGCAUGGCGAUGAUCGGGCUCCACAUUGUGCUCUGCAUCGUUAAGGUCCUCUCCUUCACUACAGACCCCGAGGUGGCCCGCUUCUGGAUACCGAUCUUCCGCAUCUGGGUGUACCUUGGCUUGGCCGCCAUGGCGCUCAUGACGAGCGUGGACAUCGGUUACUACUUGUAUGGGUUGUAUGCCUUGAAGUUCGAUCCGCCACAGCAGCAGCUGGCAGCGGCAGUGGUGCAGCUCCCGCCUCCACCUCCAGAGAUGGACAUGUGCUAG